AUGGCGUCGGGAUACGGCAUGAACGGCGGCGUUGGCCGCUGCUUUCCCUUCUGGCAGGAGGUUAUGGGAUGCUAUGUGGUCAACACCACUGCCGCUGAUGACUCUGGCAAGAAGAAGUGCGGCCUGGUUCUCGAAGACUACUACGAGUGCCUCCACCACAAGAAGGAGCAUGCUCGAGCUCUCGCUAUGCAAGCUGCCUACGCCCGAAGCGAGUCCGCUACAGCGCGCGAUGAUGCGCCCAGCGUUAAACAAAUAAGGAGUCUAGGACUCAUCGACAAGGAGGAAGACACGAAGAAGGUGCUAGGACAAAGCUAG